AUGCAACAAGACUAUUGCCCUGAUAUCGCUAAGCUGGCAGAGGGAGGCUUUAACAAAGUGUUUAUUCUGCGAGCAAAGAAUGGUCGUGAAGUGAUUGCGCGAAUUCCCACACCCAUUGCCGGACCUGCUCAUUACACAACCGCGAGUGAGGUUGCCACGAUGGACUUUUUGCGAGCUGUUCUCAAACUGCCGGUACCGGAGGUUUUCGCAUAUUCAACAACAUCGGAAAACCCUGUCGGAGCAGAGUAUAUUCUGAUGGAGCGGGUUGAGGGGGAGAGUCUCUCCUCACGGUGGUUAUCUCUCACAACCGACGAGGUGAAAGACAUCAUGAUUCAAAUUGCAGAGAUGGAAAGGAAAAUUUUUGACUUCCGUUUUCCUGCGUACGGAAGCUUAUAUCACACGAAGGACCUUGACUGGAAACACCAGAUACCAAUCGUGGAAGAUUUUGUUAUUGGCCCUGUCUCUUCCCGGGAGUUUUGGCAUGGCGAACGAAGCAAAACAGAAAUUGACCGUGGGCCCUGUAGGGUUUCCCCCCUUUCCACCUUCCCCUUUAUUCUUGGUUUCUUAGAAAAAGAGCCGACAGGAACAGGGCUGAUCAUUGCCGUAGGGCUUUCACCCUUAGACUGUGUUACCUCCGCAGCUCGUCGAGAAAUGGCUGUCAUUCAGCGUCACGCAAAACCUCAGCCUCGCCAGACAUUCCUUCUACCAACUAACUAUAACAUUCAUCCCUCUGAGCACACCUCGUUACUUUCGCAAUUCCUACAGGUAGCGCCUCAUCUAAUCCGACCGGGUUCUUAUAGUGCUCCGACGCUAAGACACCCAGAUUUGAGCCUGAGCAACAUUUUAUUGGCUCCUGGAACAUCCAAAAUCAUCAGUAUCAUUGAUUGGCAGGGUGCCACAAUAUUACCACGCUUCAUGCAAGCAGGGUAUCCAGCGUUUUGUCAUCACGACUCAUCUCAGCCUCAAAGCCUGGAGAUUCCAUCCCUCCCCGAUGAUUUUGAUAAGAUGGGUAUCGACGAACAGAGACAAAUCAAAGCCAUCUUUCGCUUAGAAGAGGCCAACCUCUACUACACAGCGGCGACAGGUGUACACAACGAGGAACACAUGAAUGUGUUGAAAAUUCCUCAUCUCGGAAUGCAGCAGUAUCUCCUUCGCCAGACAGGGUACCCCUGGGAUGCGGACGUAAUUAACCUACGUGCUGCGUUGGUGGGCAUCACAACACCAUCGGUAUGGAGCAAAAUCUCCUCGGCAGCUUGUCCAGUUGAGUUCAGCGAAGAAGAACGAGAGGCUGCUAUAGCGGAAUCGCAGGAAUGGAACGAGUCUGAACAGCUCUUAUCGCGGGUUAGAGAACACCUCAAUAUCGAUCUGGAAGGCGGGACCGAGCCGGACAACUUUGAGAGGGCAGUGGAGGGCAACCGCCAGCUUCGAAUAGAAAUGGUUAGGCAAGCAGAGGCGGGCCAACAGGAGAUCUGUUGGCGUAAUUGGCCAUAUAAGGAUCAAGAGGACAAUAGCAUGCCUCCUCAGAGAUAA